AGCCGAUAGAGGUUCACAUCGGACAGCAAACUAGCUUCUCUCACUUGUGUUACCUAGUGCCGAAUGGAGGGUCCUUAGCUCCCUUUUCUCUCUCCAACUCUCUCACCUUCUCCUUGUCAGCUAAAACCAAAAGAGACCCUCUUCAAUUCAAUUUCUUGGCUUUCUUUCCUUUUUUCUCUUCUGGGUUUUCUUCAGCCGCUGAUCUGCAUAGUAUUUCAGUGACGCUGGUUUUGGUUUUCAACUCAAAGUCUCUAUCUUUGUUUCUCCUACUGUGCUUUGGCUUUGAAGGGAAGGAAGUGCAGGUUGCAAACCAAAUUGGGAGGAAUUUUCUUGUCUGAAUACUGAUGUCACAACCACUUCUCGGUGCUGGGGAGGAGGAAGGUAGGAGUGAUGUUACAGCAUUAUCUUCCUCACUUUCUAUGGAGAGUGUAUGUCCUAACAGCUCAGAUUUGAAGGAGCGAAAUUACAUGGGAUUAUCUGAUUGCUCUUCGGUAGACAGUUCAAAAGUCUCCCAUGUAGAUGGAAGUAAAAGUAGACUGAACCUGAAGGCUACGGAACUUAGGCUUGGGCUUCCUGGAUCCCAGUCUCCUGACAGAGACUCAGAACUGAGGCUAGUCUCCACUGAACUUGAUGAGAAGCCCCUUUUCCCAUUACAUCCUUUAAAGGAUUCAUUGCAGAAAACAGUUGUUUCAGGCAACAAGAGAGGGUUCUCUGAUGCUAUGGAUGAGUUCUCAGAGGGCAAAUAUGCUAAUACAGAGGUAAACAUGUUGCUGUCGCCCAGGCCUUCUCCAAACUUGGGAUUGAAAACUGGUUCUGUACUUGAGAACCUUGGGACUCAGGAGCCCAAAAUGAAAGAGAUAGCACCACCGAAGAUAAUGCAAGAGAGGCCUCAUGCUGCCAAAGAAACUAGGCCAAAUCAUUCUAGUACUAACAGUGCACCUGCUACCAAGGCGCAGGUUGUUGGUUGGCCACCUAUAAGAUCAUUUAGGAAGAACUCAUUGGCCACUGUCUCAAAGAACGUGGAGGAAGUAGAUGGAAAAGCAGGGCCUGGUGCUCUAUAUGUCAAAGUCAGCAUGGAUGGUGCUCCGUAUUUGAGGAAAGUAGAUUUGAAACAUUACUCUGCAUACCAGGAACUUUCUUCUGCUCUUGAAAAGAUGUUUAGCUGUUUUACUAUAGGUCAAUAUGGAUCUCAUGGAGCUCUGGGCAGAGAGAUUAGUGAAAGCAAGCUGAAGGAUCUCCUUCAUGGCUCAGAAUAUGUCCUCACCUACGAGGACAAAGAUGGUGACUGGAUGCUUGUGGGUGAUGUCCCUUGGGAGAUGUUUAUCGAUACCUGCAAAAGGAUGAGGAUAAUGAAAAGCUCAGAUGCCAUUGGCCUUGCUCCAAGAGCCAUGGAGAAGUGCAGGAACAGGAACUAGCCAGUAAUAUGCACCGUGAUCUCUUCCAUUCAGCCGUCUUAGUCUGCUUCUACUAUGUUAUUACUACAUCUGUAAUUUUUUUUUCCAUGAAUUCAAGUUUCUGUCAGCUACUUUUCUAACUUAAUGUCGUUAUUAAUACUCCUGAAACUCUUAAAAACUAUAUCCAGAAGUACUCAUUUACUAGUCCUUAUGUCGGCAGGUUCCUGUUUCCAUACAGGAUCCAAAGAAAAGUGCUAUUGUUUGUGAAACUUGUAAUGUAUGUGCCCAAGUUAUCUGUCUUAA